AUGUCAGAAGGAGAAAACCCAGCUGUUACGCGUUUUAGAGAUUAUUUACGUAUUAAGACUGUUCAACCUAACCCUGACUAUGAGUCUUGUACAAAUUGGCUUUUAGACCAAGCAAAAGAAAUAGGCUUGUCCUCGCAAGUGUUUGAGUACGUUAAAGGAAAGCCAAUAGUCCUAUUGACCUGGAUUGGUCGUGACCCAGAAUUACCCGCUAUACUUUUGAAUUCUCAUACUGAUGUAGUUCCAGUUUUUGAGGAAAAAUGGGCGCAUGAUCCAUUUGAAGCUUUUAAAGGCGAAAAUGGUGAUAUUUUUGCAAGAGGUGCACAAGAUAUGAAAUGUGUUGGAGCAAGUUAUCUUGAAGCUAUUAGAUGUCUUAAAGAUCAAGAUAAACAACCAUGUCGAACGAUUCACCUUUCUUAUGUGCCUGAUGAGGAAAUUGGAGGUUGUGAUGGAAUGAAACUUUUUGUCAAAUCAGAUGAUUUCAAAAAGUUAAAUAUUGGAUUUGCAUUAGAUGAGGGAAUUUCAUGUUCUCAUAAUGCUUUAAAAGUAUUUUAUGGUGAAAGAGCUCCAUGGUGGAUUAACGUUACAACUAAAGGUAACACAGGACAUGGUUCACAAUUUAUUCAUAAUACUGCUGUAUCCAAAUUGCAUCGUAUUAUCAAUAGAUUUAUGGAAUUUCGUGAAUCCCAAGAAAGACAAUUAGAAAUUGGAAGACAUAAGGACGGAAGAAAGUAUACACUUGGAGAUGUAACAACUAUCAACCUCACUAAACUGGAAGCAGGUGUUCAGCAUAAUGUAAUUCCACAAGAAGCAAAAGCGGGUUUUGAUGUUCGCAUAUCACCAAAUGUUGACUUAAAAGAAUUUAAAGAAUUAUUAGAGAACUUUGUACAUUCUGAGCCUGACACUACAUUGGAAUAUGCUCAAUAUCACGGUGAUAACAGUUGUACUUCACUCGAUGAUGAUAAUGUUUGGUGGGUGACAUUUCAAAUUUUCCCUGCUGCUACUGAUUCACGUUAUCUUCGUGAACGAGGUAUUCCAGCUUUAGGCGUAUCUUAUAUUAAAAAUACUCCUAUAUUAUUACAUGAUCAUAAUGAACGUAUAAAUGAAAAUCUGUUCCUUGAAGGCAUUGACUUCUAUACCGAUCUAAUUACUCAUUUGGCAAACAUUCAAACUAUUUAA